AUGAUUUACAAUCAACACUGCGAUCACCCUCAGGCGUGUUCGCAAUGCUAUACUGGCGGUCGGCCGUGUACCGGUGCUCCCCGCCCUCCAUCGUUCGCUCAGCCGCCGUCGUACGAUCAACCUUUACCGUUCUCUCGGCCUACACCGUUCUCUGAGCCUCGCCAGCCUUCGCCAUUCGACACUAGCAACAUCGACCCGCGUCUGCUCGAGCAGGACCAGCAGCGUCAAGCUCAGCAGCAGCAGCAGCCGUCGCCGCCGCAGCCGCUGUCGUACUCGAACGGAUACGUUCAGGCGUUCGGGAAUUCCCCUCCGUCUACGGGCCCGGGAGGUCCAAAUCUGGCUCAGUCGUCGUAUACUGCUGGCCUUGUGGGCACCGUAUUCGAUUCUAAUAGACCAGAUGCAAGUAGUUCUACUCUACCGCCUCCAGGAGGCUUUGGCCAACAGCACGGGUCCGCAGCAGGCCCUUCUUCUGCGGGCCCUUCUUCUGCACCGGGCCCUUCUGGGUUUACGUCUGAUUUCUUCCCACCUGCUCCUCCGCCGGCCCCAUCUGGAUUCACUUCGGAUUUUUUUCCGCCUACUCCUGCGCCGGCCCCGUCUGGGUUUACUUCAGAUUUCUUCCCACCUGCUCCUCCGCCGGCUCCAUCUGGAUUUACUUCUAAUUAUUUCCCUACUCCUGCGCCGGGUCCUUCGUCUGCGGGUCCUUCAUCCGCGGGUCCUUCUUCAGCUGGCCCUUCAUCUGCGGUCCCCUCAUCUGGGUUCACUUCUAAUUUUUUCCCUAAUGGGGUCCCCAGUUAUAAUCCAUUCACGGCCCCCAACUAUUUUCCCGGUCCAGCUCCAGCUCCAGCUCCAAAUCCUUUUCAGGCUCCUAACAUUGCUGUUGCUCCUAAUCAACCUCCUCCAGGCACCGCUUUGAACCCUGUCCCUGCUGCUGGCCCAUCAAACAAUAAUAGGGACGACGAGUUCAUUACCCCCGAACGGCGAGCUACCUUGCCACCUGAUUGGGUAAACGGCUGGCCACCAAACGCUCGUCCGCCUGCAGUGGACCUUGCUGGGAAUCCGAUUAACGAAUGCGACAACUGCCGUGUAGACCGCCCCGGCUACCCUUGCGAUGCUUGGCCUUCACAGGAUGGGCGUUCGGGGGUUGGUCUCGGUUAUGUGGAUCACGUAGGGCGGCCGCUCACAGUACCGCUACCACCUCCUGGGCAGGAGAUGCACUACCCUGAUACACCAGCUCCUCAACCAGCUCCUCAGCCAGCUCCUCAGCCAGCUCCUCAGCCAGCUCCUCAACCAUCACCACAGAACGUUCCAGGUCCUCCCGAUGCUCCUGAUCAGCAGCAGAGUUCACCCCUUAACCCUCCAGCACCGGCACCUGUCGUUGUACUAGGCACACCGAUUCAUUCGCCAUUAGGUUUUGAACAACAGCCUGUGCUAAAAACCCCCGCUGCCAACCCAACCCCUUCGCCGCCGUAUCUUCCCCAAUCAAUUCCGGGAUCUCCUCUCCAGCCACUGGAGCAGGUUCCGCAGUUCGAAAAUUGGAUGUUUGAAGUACCGGCCCAGAAUCCCGAUGCUCAGUUCCCAUCACCCGUUGUCCCGCAAAACCCGCAGGGAUAUAAUUCACCAUCUGAUGUAUUUAAAUCACCCACCGGCUUUACAGAACCGUCCCUGGGUCCAGCUUUACACCCGGAUGGAUCGCCUUAUCCCCCAGCAGGCUUUAAUGAGCACGGGAUGAGCGAGCAGCAGCUGGGCGACUUCCUUUCCGCCUGGACGAAUCAGGGCGGGUCGCCAGAGUCUCAUACAUUAGGUCGGUCUCCCGUGCCACAGUGGAAUCCUGACGAUUUUAUUGAUUUUGGCUCGCCGGAGGCGGAGCCAGAUGCGGGACCUAGCGGGACGCAGUAG